CUGUGAUCGAAUGGGCUCAGGUGACAGUGAUUCUUCUUGCUCUUUGGACUGUGCAACAAGCUUCCACUGCAGAACCAGACCUGCAAAAAACAUCCGGCCUUCCGCAACAGCGACGUCAUCGGUCAGCAACCUGCUUUCCAAACCUGGCAACCCGUUAGAACUGAAGAAGGGGUACCAAAGGUCAACACAGUUGUCCGCAAAGACUGUGAAGCCUAGACAGUACAUUGAGUGGUUGCAAGGCGUUGAAGAUCAUCAAAGGUGGUGACGAACGAGGAAAGAAAUGGAGCGUAGCACUUCCCCGUUAACACCGUCCAUCGAGCAGCUGCGACAUGUUGCACUCAACUUCCCCAUAAUCGACAAUCAUGCCCACAAUCUCAUUCUGCCAACACACGCGGAUACCAUUCCGUUCGAAACCAUCACUUCAGAAGCGCAGGGUCGAGCUUUACGGGACACAUUCAAGUCGCUCGCCCACCUGAGAGCAGCGAAACAGCUACGUGAGCUAUACCAGCUUAACGAUGAUGCAAAUUGGGAAGACAUCCUUGAGCAAAGAGAAGAAUGGCUCCGUUCUGACCCUGAGCGCUUCCAUCAGCGCUGCUUCGAAGGCAUUACUGCUUUGCUGAUCGACGAUGGUCUUGCUGGUCCAGGGAAGGUGCAUCCAUAUGACUGGCAUGACCGGUACACAGAUGCGCCGAGCAAGCGCAUCGUGCGCAUCGAGACUGUUGCUGAGCGCCUGAUGGAGGCCAUUGUCAAGGAUGCAGGCGAAGAUGAUCUGGGAAGGACACAUUUCUACACCGAAACUUGGACCACCUUCAUGGAUGACUUCGAGGGCAAAAUUCAGGAAGCCAUCGACGAUCCGGAGGUUGUAGGGUUCAAGUCUGUCAUUUGCUACAGGACUGGACUGGACGUUGAAGAAGAUUAUGAGCGUGCUGCAAAAGCCGUCGGUUACCCAUUCGAGCGAUAUGUCAAGAGCUGCGUUCGUAAGCGCAGCUUCAGGAUCGAGCGGAAGGCCCUCAAUGACUAUCUGGUUUUGAGAACUCUCGAGAUACUGUCAGACGGUCUGGCGCGAUCUGAUAGCUUCUCAAAACCUCUACAAUUGCACACUGGACUCGGCGACAACGAUAUUGAUCUGAGCCUCUCGAACCCAGCGUUCCUCCAGCCACUCAUUGAGAAUUAUCCGAACGUACCGUUUGUCAUCCUGCACACAGCUUAUCCCUAUACGCGCGAAGCUGGCUACCUUGCAACAGUAUACAAGCAUGUCUAUCUCGACAUAGGGGAAGUUUUCCCAAUGGUCAGUCGAGAUGGGCAGAGAGCGAUUUUGCGUCAAGCAUUGGAGUUAGUACCAGGUAGCAAGCUGCUCUACUCUAGUGAUGGACAUUGGUUUCCCGAGACUUUCUGGUUGGCAAACAAGCAAUUUCGAGAGGUGUGGCUUGAGCUGCUUGUCGAGUAUGUUGAGAAGACCGACAUGACUACCCACCAAGCAAUUGGCAUGACCAAAGAUAUUCUUUUCAACAACUCGAACACGCUGUACAACCUACGUUAUGAGGCUUUGUUCCACGAAAUACCGCGAGAGGCUCCCAAGCAACUUACGUUCAACCCAAAGAGCGCACAAGAGCCACAGCCACAGCCACAGCCACAAUCACAGCCUCCACCGGUUCCCAUUCCAAUUCCUUCACCACCACGGAGAAUUUCAGCACCACGUUCAGACUCACAAGUAUCACCUGGUCAAAGAUCUGCUAGUCUAUUCGAACCACCUCUGUUUCCAUCGCUAUCAAGGACUUCACAAUUGUAUAAUGUCGCUCACUUCGAUGACUUCAUGAAGCAGAACCCAGAUAUCAAGUUUAUCUACAUCCAAUGGCUUGACUACAUGGCGACGAUAAGAGUCCGUAUCCUGCCUGUCAAAGAGUUCGCCCGUAUCAUCUACGGGGGGCACCGCAUCGGUAUAUCGCAAGGCAACACAGGCACAUUGCAAAAUGACACUUUAACACCUGUCGUCAACACAAAAGGACAGAUCUAUGUUGAGCCUGAUCUGCGCUCUUUACGUCGAGCGCACGAUAAAGACCCUCUCAAGGCUGCAACGGUCUUGAGCUACUGGCGCUCCGAAGAUGGCCACCCACUGCCCUCUUGCCCUCGCAACAAUCUCGAGUCCCUCAUUAGUGAACUCCAAUACAAGCACAAAACUACUCUCCAAGUUGGGUUCGAGAUCGAAGUCACCUUCCUCUCCCGUGACAAACCACUCAACCCCUUCAACUCUCAACAACCACAACAAACAUACGAGGCAGUCACCAACGUCCACGCAUGGUCCACUCUGACUCCCACACAAUGGCUGCAGACACCUAUGCUUGCCGAGAUCGCCACAUCUCUAUCAGACAUGGGUAUCGACCUUCAGCAGUUCCACGCCGAAUCUGGUCCAGGCCAGUACGAGUUCAUCCUGCCACCUGCUCCACCGCUCCUCGCUAUCGAUACCCUCAUUCAGACAAGACAAGUCAUUGCUCAAAUCGCGGCUCUGCAUGGCCUGCGAGCGACACUUCAUCCCAAGCCGUUUAACGAGAAGGGCGCAGGGAGCGCGGCGCAUGCGCAUAUCUCGAUGCAACCUCCUACUCGCGACAAGGACUUCUUUGUUGGCGGUGUGUUGAAACAUCUACCCGCUCUUUGUACAUUCACGAUGCCUGACGCGCAGAGCUAUGGCAGGGUCGUAGACGACCAGUGGACGGGCGGUACAUGGGUCAGCUGGGGUACGCAGAACCGCGAGUGUCCACUCCGUCGUGUUGAAGACGGGCGUUGGGAGAUACGAUGUAUCGAUGGACUGGCAAACAUGUACUUCGUCAUAGCCGGCCUCGUUGCUGCAGGGAUGUUGGGCUUAUCUUCUGUCCCAGCGUCUACGCCAGCGCCUGGCCCGGCUUACGAUCAGACCGUGGCUGGAGCGCCUGAACAUGGUGGCGUGGGCCUGGCGGAAGGCGACGAACGACCACGGCAAGCAGCUCCUGAGAUUGGAUACAAGGAGCUGGACCUACCUGUCAAUCCCUCAACACUCGACGAGGAGGGGCGCGCGAAGUUUGGAGUAACAAGGAAGAUGCCGAAGUCUUUCGAUGAGGCGUACUCUGCGCUCAAGACUGAUGGGGAGUUGAAGGAGGCGUUGGGGUCGCAGCUGGUGAGGGAUUAUCUCACGAUGAAGGAUUAUGAGCAGGAGAUGUUGGAUAAGAUGAAUGAGGUGGAGAGGAGGGAAUGGCUGAUUGAGCGGUAUUAGUCUACGUACGCACAGUUUGGAGAUUUGAGUCUUUGGUAUAUAGUAAUGAAAUCAAC